AUAAUAAUAACUAAUGCGGCUUGUUCCUUUGUGCUCAAAAACUAUGAUGACUUGAGAGGAGGUUGCGCUUUUUGUCUUUAUUAUGUCAUAAUCCUCGUCUUGGAUUUUGGCGAGACUGUCAGCUGUUUAGGGUUGAAUUACACCCGAAUGUUAGCUUUUUAACUACCCAGUUUCUCAUUAUGCUUUUCUUCCUUUGGGUUUUUCAGUCGGUAAGUCUUGUCUUUCCCUCCUUAUCUAAAUCUUUCUGGUAAAUUUGCGAUCUUUUCGCUUUUGUUGAGGGUUUUGGAUUGGGUUCCUUUGUUUUCUUCAUUGUUUCAUUGGACUGGUUGAGUAAUUAUGCUAAACUCUGAAUUUUAUCUACUGGAUUGUUCCCCAAUUUCAUUGUGUUUCCACUUCAUUGAGUAUGGUGUAUGGAGCGCUGUGUGUGUCUGUGUGUUUUUUUUUUUUUGGUCCAGAUUAACUUGGAGGGAGUAUUUAUUUAUGUGUAAAUUUUGUGUUGUUUUGGGGCAUUUUUGCUGCUUCUCGGUUACCUUCUGAAGUCUGGACAUUCUCUUGUGUUUUUAGUCCAAGAACUUCAUAAUCAAACUGGGGUAAAAGAAGAACCCUGCAGAAUCUUUGGGAGUAUUUCCAAAAUUUGAGUGGAUAACUAUACCAUAUAUAUGUAUACCUUGAGAAUUUCAGUACCUUUGUAUUGUGAAAGUUGAGGAUUUGUUGUUUUCUUGCCAAAAUUUGCAGCUUCUAGGAUGCACAUGGAGUAGUAUUCUAAGAUGAUUUUCUCCACCCAACAUUCAAAAUAUAAAAUAAAAUCAUAAUGAUAUGACAUAUUAAGCUGAAUUUACUAAGCUGCCUUGGAUAGCUAACAUUCUUUAUGGUAGUAUUCACGUAAUUUUGUCGUUUUGCCGGCUCCUGCAAUUCCCUGUUUCCUUUUUGAGUUUUUCGUUUUAACUGUAUUACCGUUUGAUUUCAGUUCUUGCUGAUUAGGAAUCUAAAAUACGAUUCCUCGAAGGUUUGGUUUCAGUUGUAGAUUAUAAAUAAUUUUCUUUUGAGGAAAAGAUGCUGAUUUGAGCACUACAGAUAUCAUGCACCAAAUUUUUUCUCCAUUACCUUGAUUGUGAUGCCUAAGGUUUUCGAAGAGUGAUUUUUAGGAAAACUCCACUUUUCCUGCAAUCUUUGUACUGUUUUUGUUCCACUUUGUACUCAGUCUAUGCUGCCUAAGAACUUAAAGAAUCACCUAAGAUCUGUCUGAACUAACCAGCAUUUGUGCUGCAUCAGUUUUGACAUUUAUUGCCAUUGUGGAACUUUUUUAUGACUUUACCUUAUGAAAAAAGGUUUCCGCGUUUGCAGGUUUUGCGCAUCAGAUUGUAUUUAGCACCUAAAAGCUUAUUGGUGAAUGCUUAAUCUAUGUUCAAUGAUGAAGAUCAAAUUGCCUUCAAAAGAAUGCAAGAAUUUUCCACAGUGGAUGGAUUUGUGGAGGUAACUGAAUGUAUGGCCGAGAUGAUAAAAUAUGUGGCGAAUGAACCCUCUGUGGGCCUUUUCUACAUUCAGCAGCACAUCCAGAAUGCAGCACCGAAUCUUAUUAAUCUCAAGAAUAAUGUUGUCGAAAAAUCUCAUGAAAUGACUUUGCAUACAGAAGAUUUUGAAGAUUCUAUUUCAGCUAUAAGUUCUAUGAAAGAAUGUGGCUUCCUCAUUGCAGAUGAGAUGAUUAGAGACAUUAAUAGUUCUCUAACUAUCAUCUCAAAGAAACAUCCAAAACGAGGUUUAAUGAAUAGCACUGCUUCAGCUUUCCAGUUGGGAAGAACUAGAUCAUGGGGACCUGUCGUUUGGGGUCGAAGUUCAAGCUCCUCCCUGCAGGAUUCCGAAAAGUCCUCUGGUUAUUUAUCAAGUGUUAUAAACUCUGCAAAACUCAAGGCUAGCAACCUAAAAUGGAAUCAGACAGAAACGACUAAUCAAUCAUUUGAAGCAAUAGAUGAAACAUCUACAUCUGAUAUCAAUGCAUCAUCCUCUGAUGCUUGUGGUAGUACUUCAAAUAUGCUUGAUUCUGAGGCAGUUGAAUUGCCGAUAUCCAGUCCAAUUGCCGAGGAGCUACAACAGGUGCAAGGUGAGGAAAGCCUGCGCCAUGAGGACUUACUUUCCUUGGCGCAUAAAUACGAAGAGUUUAAGGCUGAUAAAGAAGCGAAAUUGGAGGAAUGGCUCGGGGAAAUGAGCAUUCAAGGUACUACAAACACAUGAGCUUUAGUCUGAUUGGACUUUGGAAAUUAAGUUGGUUUCUAUGUAAAAUGCCCUUGUGGAUGGGUUUCUUGAUGAUGGCAUGAGUUCGCAUCAAAAGAGGCCUCUCAUCUUUUUUUGGAAAAGAGGCUUUUUUUUACAUGUCAAUGUAUAAGAUUAGAGUCUGCUGGCGGUUUGUUCAUCUUUCUGGUUUGUUUCUGGCAUUUUCUUGUAUCAAACAUUUAAAAUGAAAAUAAAUUAAAGAAAAUUUUUGGCAGGUUUUUUUUUAUUGAACAUUUAA